GAACGCGCGCCGCCGCAUUUUUUAUUUUUUUUUUUGAAAGGAACAAUAUAUUGGACUCUCAGUGGCAUAAACUACACUCUGAAAAACCUUGAAGCUCUGUUUCACAGUGUAUGAGACAGUAGUAAAAUGGAGAAGAAGCGGAGAAGCAAAAAAAGUGUUGAUUUGAAGAGGAUGUGCCCUCAGCAAAAGGCCAGAAUCCUAGCUUAUGCUGAGCCCUCCAAAGAGGUACGUGCCUGGAUGGCAGCUUCCCAACAACGCAUCCACUCUAGACUUGCUCAUGAGAAAGAGAAAGUGUCGCGGGAAAAUCCUCUUCAAGACAUGGAAUCAAAAUUGCACAAUGACACUCUUACUGGGCAAUUAAAAGCUGCCGAAGCAAGAAAUAGGAUUCGACAGAUGAGGUUGAAGUGUCAUAACUUGAAGAUGCAGGAAAUUAACCUGAUGAUUUCAAGCCAGGCUUGUGUGCAGAGUGCUGUGCGUCUAGAGCUGCUCCUGACAAAUGAGAAACAAAGGAAUCAUGCAGACAGCCUGGACCAGCUACAGAGACAGAGAGUAGAAGAAAUUCUGGAGGAUGAAAAGGGCCUAACCUUAAUCAGAAGCUAACAACAUAGAAGAUAUCUACAGCUCCAGUCAAUGCAGUGAAUAAUAUAAAAUACAGAAACAAUAUUUUCUAUGCAUUCAGUGGUUUCAUAUUUUAUAAUAGCUGGCAGAAGUACACAUUAAUAUUUUAGCAGGGGCGAAUAUUUUACUGCUGCAAAAACAUUGCAAGCGAUUGCAAUUGCUCCUGGUUACAACACAACUUUUGUGAAAGAUAAAUGUAUGUACUCAAAUCUCAUGUAGCGUGAUAUCAGCGUAGUUGAUUAUGUUCUGAACUGGGUAAAGAAAAACAGGAACAUUAUGAUUAUACUGUAAUUUGAUGUCUGA